AUGUUGGGUAGACUGAGCAGCGCAACCAAUCAAAAUAAGCGAGCCAUUAUUGCAAUGUCUGGUGGCGUUGAUUCUUCCGUGGCUGCUGCUCUACUAUCCCAGCAAUCUAGCUACACUGUACAACCAGUAUUCAUGCGUAAUUGGGAUACACGCGAUGAAUACACACACUCCACUCCCGGUGGUGUUAAAGGUUGUGAAUGGGAGAUUGACUAUGCCAAUGCAAAAGCUGUAUGCACUCAUCUAAAUCUCCCUCAACCCCAGCUAGUUGAUUUAUCUAGCGAAUAUUGGCUUCGUGUUUUCUCUCCCAGUCUCGAUAUUUGGCGUAAUGGUCAAACUCCAAAUCCUGAUAUCGCAUGCAAUCGUCAUAUUAAAUUUGAUGCUUUGGCACAUAAAGUUUUGAAAGGCGAUGAUGACGUACUUGUUACUGGUCAUUACGCACAGGUGGACACACUUACUGGCACUCUAAGCAGAGCCGUUGAUAGAAAUAAAGAUCAAAGUUACUACCUUUCUGCCGUCAACAAAAACAUACUAAAUAGGGUCCUUCUCCCACUCGGAUCACUUCAUAAACAACACACGCGCUUUUUAGCUCACUCACUCAACCUCCCUAAUGCCAAUAGAGAUGAGAGUAUGGGUAUUUGCUUCAUUGGAGAGCGUCGUCAUUUUGGUAGUUGGUUGGAUGACUAUAUUCACACCAAAAAAGGCCUCUUCAUCACCCCACACGGCCAUUCCCUCGGUGAGCACAACGGUUUACAUCACUAUACUAUAGGGCAGAAGGCACGCAUUGGUGGUGUACCGAAGAAAUUAUAUGUCGCAGCCAAAAAAGGUAAUGACGUCGUCGUAGUAGACUCACCACAACAUAACCUCCUUAAAUGCAAAACAAUAAUCACACAUGCUGACAUUAACUGGUUGGUUUCCAUGGAUCAUCUCCCAAACACCCCUUUCGAGGCUACUGCACAGGUGAGACAUAGACAGCUUGAAAGUAGGUGUACUGUACAAGUAGAGCAUGACCAUUUGAUGGUCACUUAUCAACAUUUUGAAAUGGCAGUCGCACCUGGACAAACAUGCGCCAUUUACAUGGGUGAUGUGUGUAUCGCGAGUGCGACAAUAGACAAAACAAUUAGUGUGGAUGGGAUAUUACAUUAA